UUUAGCAGAUUCAAGACUUUUCACAGUAGAGGUAUAAGUAGACAGGGGGUGUAGGGAUACAGCUGGGAGAGAGGGAUGUGUCGUGAGCAGCGUUCCUAGCUAAAGGAAGAGUAAUUGGAGAAGUCAGUCUUCUAUGAGGUUAUGUAGUUAUUUCAAGGGAACCCAGCCCUGACGGCUGUAAGCGAAACCGGCUGAUGCUGCGGGAUAACUCCGGGUGGAAUUGUGAGGUCCCCCGGCCUCCCCUCAUCCUUUUGAAAUUGAAAAAAAAAGAAAAAAAAAAGAAAAAAAAGAAAGAAAAGAAAAAAAAAGGAAAAAGAAAAAAGAAUUGAGGGGUCAAGUGCAGUGCAGAGAGAGCGCAGUGUGUGCGUCCGAGGAAUGCGCACAUUGGGACUUCCCUGGGUGUGCGUCCGAGGAAUGCGCACGUUGGGACUUCCCUCCGUCUAUGUCACGUCGAGAGGCGAGAUUGGGGUGACAGAGACCUGACGUGGGUGUGGGUACGUUUCUGAGAAGCAGAAGGCGGGAUGGGGAGUAGAGUGGGAGGAGGGUGAGUGAGCGAAGGGAAAGAGUGGCGGAAGAGCUGGGGGAUCGAAGACGAUCGGCUGCAUGACGUGGUUCCCUGGCGAAGUUGACGAAUAGGUUGAUUUACUGCUGUUAAUGAAUCCAUGUCCAGGCACCAACGGAACGGGAGAAUAGAUGCGACGUAAUCCCUCCAUUUCACGUCUCUGAAGAAAGGCUUUUUUUUUUUGGUUUUAAUAUCUAUAUAUAAGGUAAAAUGGAGAUCCCUGAGACCGACGACUCAACAUGCGAGCCUCUCAAGGAAUUGGAAAAACUGCAGGUGGAAAUUGAUCUACUGGUGCAUAAUCAAGCCAAGGCGAGAGACAAUUUGGAAAAGGAGUACCUAGAAAAAUGCCAGCCACUUUAUGAGAAGCGACGAAAGAUUGUGAUGGGAGAGGUGGAGCCCACAAAGGAGGAAGUUGAAGGCAUUUCAGAUGGUGACGAUGACGACGAUGUCAGCAGCACGGUCACUGGUGAAUUGGGCGAAAUCACGACACAUAAGAAGCAGGCUAAGGGUGUGCCAUAUUUCUGGCUCUCAGUUAUAAAGAAUCAGGUAACGGAAGAAGAGACAAAGGAAGACAAAGAGAAAAAUAAAGAAAAGAAGUUGAUGAGUGAUGCUAUAAAGUCUGCUGUUCCGAAAGAAAAGACUGAAGAGGGGAAGCCGUCUAAUGGGGGAGGAUCGAGUCAGCCAUCUACUCCUCCUUCUUCUCCUCAUUCUACUCCUCCUAAUUCUCCACCUCCAAGUUCUCCAAAGAAACCCGCGGAACCUGAAAAACCCAAGAAGAGGGAAAAAGUGAAGAUGAAAAUGCCUUUCACGUUUUGCAACAAAAAAGAUGAAAAUUUGUUGUUGUGGAUUGCCGAGAUCCAGAUGUAUUGUAAGACGUCUCUAGUUGAGCCUGAUUCUCAAGUUGCAUUUUCCACUUCAUGUUUAGGUGGGGAAGCAAAGGAAUGGGUGCUGGCUGAGGCUAACGCCGCAGGGUUCGAGGACAUUGGGGAAUGGUCUGGGACAAUGAACCUGAAGCAGUUCCUUGCUAAGAUCAAGGAACGCUUCCUGGACAAGACGACGACCGAUAAGGCCUUUGAUCAACUCACGACCAUAGGCCAGCGUCAUUGGACCUCUGUAGAGUCUUUGUCACGGGAGGUAGAUCGGUUGCUGCAUGUUCCUGGAUUGAACCUGCAGGACAAUCAAGUCCUAUAUAUCUAUUCCCGUGCUCUGCGCGAGCCUAUUCGUGGACAGCUCGUGGCCGAUUCGAAAUCCGGCAAAUAUAACUAUAGGCAGUUUCGAGACCUGGCUCUCCAACGAGAGCAAAUGACUUCACAAGUAAAGAACACAUAUGCUUCUGUGGUGAAGUAUGAUGGAGGAGGAGGGGCAAAUUUGGGCAAACGGGUCCUUUGGCAUCAGAAGCGCCAGGACCAUGUGCUUGUUCUUUUUGACAAUGAAACCGUGGAAAAAUUGCCGCUAGAAGCUGAGGGAGCGACAUGCAGCAACAAUAGAAGACUUACAGGUGUAGAUGCACUAAGGGUUCCGCACAUGUUCAGGACCUUGGACGAGGGAGAAGAAAGACGGCUUCGUGCCGAACGUAGAGCCCGUGCUCUAGCAGCAGGACUACAAGAAGCAAACAGAGUAGCAAGAGAGCGGGCAACAACAGCCAGAGCAACAGCAAUGGCUAACGGUACCAGCUCUGCUGCGUCAUCGUCUGCGUCCUCGUCAGGGAAUAGUGGGACUCAGUUGGGAAUGCCAACGAGUUCCACGAGUUCCUCGGGCACUUCCGGUUCAACAGGGUCUAGACAGUCUUCUAGUCAAAUGGUAGGCUCGCAGUUCAGCCCCAUGACCGCACGUGAGCGGGAGCUCAGAGAGAUCCAACAGGUCGAAAGACUCCGCCAGCAGUUAGAGGAGGAUCUGAAGAAAGCAACCGAUAGAGAAAAGGAGAUAAAAAGUAGAGCGGCCAGACUUGAUACGUUAGAGGUUGACAAGGCUGCGUUAGAGGGAUUGGACGAAUCGAGUUUGUCUGACACCCUGAAAGUGUUGAGGGACAACAUGUUGUCACUGCAUGCGCACGUAGACAGCAGGAUGGACUUCAUGCAAAGCACUUUGGACCAGAUCCUGGAUGCAUUGACAAAGCCAGGAUUCCGGCCACCAGCACAAUUGUCGUUGUCGUUAACGGCGAUGUCAGGUCCCUUUGCCGUACAAGUUGACACACAACCAAGUGGUACGUCUGCAACAGCCGCACUGACUGUUGCAUCUUCUUCUUCGAGUCCAGUGGUGAUUGCUGCAUCACCACAACAACCUGUUCAGAAACCUGGACAGCCGCAAGGCCAAUGGUAUCCAAAGACCCCAAUGAAACCGCCUCUUGCCUUCUCAGGCGAGAGAAAGGACGAGGAACUCAACACAUGGUUGAGGACGGUCCCGGUUUGGGUGAAGGCCAAAAGGACCUUGCCUGAGGACGAAGUGGUAACUGCGGCGUCUUACCUUGAGGGUAAGGCAACCAAGUGGUUAGAUGGUGUAGUUGUGAAGGCCGGGUACAGGAGACGCAUGGCGGAUUGGGCUAAGUCAUUGACUUUAGACCAAUUCAUGGAGAUGGUAGAAGCUCGAUGGCAUAACCCACAAGAGGCUCAAAGGGCCACUGAUGCCAUUAACAAACUUGACCAACGCAAGUUCAGACAGUCACUGAGGUCAGAUCAUAAAAGAUUGAAGCAUGCACUCAUGAAUCAUGAAGUUCUUAUGGUUCCCGAUCCGCAGAAGCCAUUCAUAGUGACCACUGACGCAAGCCAAUACGGCAUUGGCGCAGUGCUGGCUCAGCAGGAUGGGAAAAAGUUGAGACCGAUUGAGUACAUGAGUAAGAAAAUGCCUUCGAAGAAGCUGGCUAAGUCCACCUACGAAAGGGAACUCUAUGCUCUCUACAAGGCACUUGUCCAUUGGAGACACUUCCUUUUGGGAAGUUUCUUCUAUCUGAGGACUGAUCAUCAGACCCUCAAAUGGAUCAAGACUCAACCGGCUCUUUCUGAUGCACUCAAGCGAUGGAUUGAGGUCAUAAACCAAUAUGACUUCAAGCUUGAGUACUUGAAGGGAGAGUACAAUAAGGUUGCAGACGCGCUAUCCCGUAGAGCAGACUACCUAGGUGCGCUAGUUUCUGAAUUUGGCGUAUCUAAUGAAGUAACUCAAUCAUUGGUGGGAGCCUAUCAUGAAUACCCUGUCACGAUGGACAUCAUCCGCAAACUUCAGGCGAAAGACAAGGUCACAGAAAGUGAGUUUGUAAUGGUGGAUGGGCUAAUCUAUCUUGAUAAGGCCGGAGUAAAGAGAUUGGUAGUUCCAUCUAGUGAACAGUUGCGUAGUUUACUUUUAGGCGAAUGUCAUGACGCAACUGGGCACUUUGGCUACAAGAAAACGAUUGCUAACUUAGUACAACGAUUUUGGUGGCCCAGAAUGUUAGAUGACGCAAAGAAGUAUGUUGAGACUUGUAAGGUCUGUCAGCGGGACAAGCCGCGAACUCAAGCACCGCUUGGGUUAUUGAAGCCUUUACCUAUUCCUGAUGGUCCAGGAUUGAGUGUUUCCAUGGAUUUCAUGGACACCCUUGUGACCAGCAAGAGUGGUAAGAGGCACAUUUUCGUCAUCAUUGACCGAUUCACCAAGUACGCUAGACUAAUUCCAAUGCCAGAGACAGCCAGGACGGAAUACGUCAUCAAGUUGUUCAAGGACAACUGGGUAAGGGACUUUGGUUUACCAAAGACCAUCAUUAGUGACCGAGACGUCCGAUUCACAAGUGAGUUGUGGAAGAAGACUGCAAAACAGAUGGGCAGUCAACUUCAGAUGACUUCAGGGAAUCAUCCCGAAGCCAACGGACAGGCUGAACAAAUGAAUAGAGUUGUACAGCACUUGCCGAGGCACUACAUCAAGCCCAGCCAGGAUGACUGGGAUGAGCAGUUACCUCUCAUCGCCAGCCUGUACAACAAUGCUAUACAUAGUAGUACCGGCAUCAGUCCUAACCAGCUGCACUUAGGAUGGAAGCCUAGAUCAGCAUUAGACUUCCUCCUACCUGAAAACCGACCUGCUGCAACUCCAGGCACACUUGAAUACGGUGUGCAGUAUGAGAAGUUGCUGCAAGAGGCUGUUGAACACAUGAAGAAUGCUCAGCAAGCCAUGAUUGCUUCUGAGAAUCAACAUCGUAGACAGUCCACAUUUCAGGUAGGGGAACGUGUCUGGGUCAAGGCUAGUGACAUAGGUCAGGAAUUCGGAAUAUCUCGCAAACUAAUGCCUCAGUACUUUGGUCCCUGGGAAGUCUUGGAUGUAGUGGGAGAUGAGUCGGAUGGUCCCACAUAUGUCAUUCGUGUCCCUGGACACCUACGCACUCACCCAGUCUUUCAUGCCUCAAAGCUUGCACCUUUCGCUGAGACUGAUCAAUUCCCUUCCAGGAGAUCGAUGCUGCCCCCAACCAUGGAUGGACAAGUCGACAUCGACGACAUUGUGGAUCACAGGGAUAUGCCUGUUCAGAAGCCGCUGGGUCGAGGAAGACCUCCUAAACCCAAGAGGGAGUACCGGAUCAGAUUCCGGCAUCAUACGGAUCCUAAAGAAGAUCGGUGGUUUACCCGGGAGGAACUGAUGGAAACAGCUCCUCAGGUGGUGGCAGAUUAUGAACGGAAGCUAAAAGGGAAGACACCUGCGAAGGUAUGGAAGAAUUGGGAGGAGGAAGGCGAUGGAGAGGGAGGGAGGAGGGAGGCGAUGGAGAUGGAAGCAGGAGGGAGGAGGCAGGAGGGAGGAGGCAGGGUAUGGGCGAUGGAGAGGGAGGGAGGAGGGAGGCGAUGGAGAUGGAAGCAGGAAGGAGGACGCAGGGUAUGGCGGAGGAGGGAGGAGAUGGACAGGGGGGGAGGAGAGAAACGAUCGAAAGACAGGGAGGAGGGUGGCGAUGGAGAUGCAAGGAGGGAGGAGGGAGGCGAUGAAGAUGGAAGCAGGAGGGAGGAUGCAGGGUAUGGCGGAGUAUGGAGAAAGGAGGCGAUGGAGAGGGAGGGAGGAGGGAGGCGAUGGACAGGGGGGAAGGAGAGAAACGAUCGAAAGACUGGGAGGAGGGUGGCGAUGGAGAUGCAACUUGAAGGAGGGAGGAGGCGAAUGAGUGCAGAGAGUAACUGCGCUAAGCGACUAGUAGCGGGGUACAAAGUGCACCCAGGAAAAGAGAAGUUUACACUAUAGAUGCCAACGCGGAAGAACAAGAAGAAAAAGAAACAAGGAACAACAAGAUGAAACAAAGAAAAAGAAUAGGA